GUACAUUUGUUCUUGAGCGUUGACAUGUACCAUCAACAAAUAGGAUCGACAUUAAAGAUAAUUACCGAGAAAGGACAAUGAAAGGCACAGUUAAACGUCGGCUUUUAUCCUCGUUUGCAAGAAAUAAGACCACACAUUCUCAUAUUCCUUUGCUUUGUAGUAGCAGCUCUCAGGCAUCGACACAAGACUUCAGUCUAACAAGAUAGUUCCCCUUCUUAUAGACGCAUAAAACCUAAAAGAAACAGUGAUCAGACUGGACAGUGAAGAGACCACACUGUCGCUAGAAUAUCUCAUUUAUAUUUUGUUCUCUGCUGUUUUCUAAUCUUAACAUUCCUCUCCGGAUCCUCUCUGAAAGUGUCCUUCGCUAACUGUUGCUGUUUCUUAACGGCGUAACUGCACUCGGCGGUUUGUUGCUAUGGCAUCGGUUCGGCUGAAGUACCUCUCGCUAGGGGUCCUGGUGUUCCAGACCACGUCUUUGGUGUUGACCAUGCGUUACUCGCGCACCCUGCAGGGCGAGGGACCGCGUUACUUGGCGUCUUCUGCCGUAGUGACGGCAGAGCUGCUUAAGAUCCUCACCUGCGUGGGACUGGUGUACAAAGAACACAGCUACAGUGUACGGGCUCUCAACAGUAUACUCAGACAGGAGAUUCUGCAUAAGCCUAUGGAAACACUUAAGCUGGCCAUUCCUUCAGGAAUCUACACCCUGCAGAAUAACCUGCUCUACGUGGCCCUGUCCAACCUGGAUGCUGCCACAUACCAGGUGACUUACCAGUUGAAGAUCUUGACCACUGCCCUGUUCUCUGUGUCCAUGCUGGGCAGGAAACUGGGUGUGUAUCAGUGGCUCUCUCUGCUCAUCCUGAUGGCUGGAGUGGCUCUUGUCCAGUGGCCCUCUGAGACUUCUGCAACCCCAGAGAAAGAGCAGCUGAGUGCUGGUUCCCAGUUUGUGGGUCUGGUAGCUGUACUGGUGGCGUGUUGUUCCAGUGGCUUUGCUGGAGUGUACUUUGAGAAGAUCCUUAAGGAGACCAAACAGAGCGUGUGGGUCAGAAACAUACAGCUCGGUAUGUUUGGCCUGGUCUUUGGGCUUUUUGGAAUGUUUGCAUACGAUGGAGAGAGGGUCAGAGAGCACGGAAUGUUCCAGGGCUACAACACAAUCACCUGCAUCGUGGUCGCCCUGCAGGCGCUCGGGGGACUGGUCAUAGCUGCAGUCAUCAAAUAUGCCGACAACAUAUUAAAAGGUUUUGCCACCUCCCUCUCCAUCAUUCUGUCUACGCUCAUCUCUUACUUCUGGCUCCAGGACUUUGAUCCCACGAGUGUGUUUUUCCUGGGAGCAGUACUGGUCAUCGUCGCGACGUUUCUGUACGGUUACGAGGGAAAACCGUCGUCCAAUCCCAGCAGGGCGUAAAUGUGGGGACAUUGGAGUGAAAGAGGAAAAAAAAAGUGGAGGACUAAGAGGAGAGGGAACUGCGGCGUGUAAGAGGAAGAGUUGAUGUGGAAGAGAAGAGAAUUAUGAUUGAGAAUGGGUUGACGGGCUAGCGUUUACGUUGCAGUGAUGUGCCUUGUCUGCUGUACAGAAGCAAUGGAAUGUUCUGGAAUAUACGGUGGGCAGUGUUGCAGACACGUCGGGGUCCCUCUACAUGAUCAAGAAGAUCGUAACCAUAUCUCAAAACGCCCAAAUCAUACAGACAUUUCGUACUUGAUGAACGCCGAUAAGACUAUGUCUCAAAGACAACCCUUCGCCGUUCAUCUCUGAAAAGCCAAGACUCGUGACAAUCCGGAAUCUCUCGUACCUCACCAGAAUCGUCUAGAACAUAACAGAAUAUCGCUGUCUCAGUGCUGUAGAGCUCAACUCAACAAUCUUUUUGCUAGUUAGGUGCUUAUCAGAAAGAACCUUUUUAAAGUCUGGUGUAUUAAUCUAUAAUUGUAUGUCAUUGAAACUUGAGUUUGUUUAAAUAAGAACAUAAUCAUGUUUUCCAAAUUUGUAUGUUAGUGGGUUGUAAUAUUCUCACUCUUGUCUGUUGAUAGAGCAGGGUGUGGUAGUUACUCUCAAAGAGAGGUACUGGGAACAACAUCUCUGCACUGUAACAGAAACUGUGAAAUAACAAAGAGAACUUGACACCGCAAUCUACGCCUAAACCUCAUGUCUCGCCAGUGCUGUUUUUCUUCAGGAUCUCACACUUGCAGUUGUAAAAACAUGAAUUUCAAAUCCCCAAAAGCAAAAAAAAAAGAGUUACUGCAAGUACAUUUUGAAUUAUGAGGGAUUGUGGAAUUUUGUCAUUUUUGUAAAAAAAAAAUUUUGUGUGUGUUUUUUUUAUUCAGUGCACAUAAAGACAUACUGGCCUUG